CUCCUCCUACUUUAAUGAGUUUCCUGUCUUUAUAGACUCUUUAUACGCAAGUCAAUGGCCAAGAGUAUCACAAGCGUCGGUAUCUUAGCGGAUAUAGCACUCCUCGUCUUGGGUGCAACAUCAGCCCUAACCAAAGCUACGCAGCGAUAUGGGCACCAGCGGUCGAUGGUAACAGUCUUUUUGGGCUCUGUCAGUCUCAUGUCUCAACUGCUAUCUACCACUCCCACUCCCACGGUUGGCUCGACUGUCUCGCUCAUGUCCUCCCUCAUGCUAUUUUCAUGGGUGUUUGGUGUUGCAGGUGUUUCAGCAAACAGCCAGGCUAUUGCCCAUGGAGUACGCACUAUGCGCCUGACCAUUGCAGAACCCUCAGAUUGGUCAACUACCAGCAGCAUAGCAGUUCUCUCGCAUCUUGCUCUUGCAUGGGCAUGCCUUGCUCCGGCUACAAAGCGCGCCGUCACCAAUUUCCUGGCAAACACUCUCUUCCUGAACACCUUGUUGUUUAUGUACACAUGCACCAAGCGGGAUCUAGUUCAUUCUGACGUUGAUGACCCGGUGUUUCGCGAACAGACCUUGCGAGAAUACGAGAACCUUCGAAUCAUGAACAAAACCAGGGUGUCGGUGGUGCGCAGACUGAUUUCGUGUGUCUGGAAGGAAAUGCUGCUAGUAUCAGCUGCUGAACUAGCAAUUCUUCUUGGCCUUGGAUUCCAGCACAUACAACAAGGGCGCCUGUUGGUGCUGUACGCAGUUUGGGUAGUGCUGGGAUUUCUCGAAAUCGUACAUUCAUAUUUGAGUAUCGCAAAGCGAGCGAUGGUCAAAAGGACCCAUGCCGUCCUACAGCUCAAGGUCGCCGAGGCAUAUGUAAACCGAAGGCACAACGAAGAGCUUGACAAGGAGUAUGAGGACUUUGGGUCAUGGAGUACGUAUACGGUUUCUUCGAGUGCUCAUACGGUGGUCGAUUUGGCUGCUCGCAUUGUUGCCAUUACGUUCAACCUUUGGAUAAUAUCGUGCUCGAUUGGCUGGCGUGCACUUAUCCCCGUGCUCUUCACCGUUGGAAGCAUGGUAUCCGAACAGCUUGUUGCAAACAGGAUCGCCGAGUUGUUGGAGCUGAGCAAGGCGGAAAGGCAGCCGCACUUUCCGACGGAUGCAACGUCGCUCAUAAGCAACAUGAGGACUGUAAAGUUCUAUGGCUGGGAGCACGUUUUUGACAAUCUGUCAGCAAACGUUGAUCUACCCCACUUCACUCCCCCAUUGCUUUGGAGCACAUUGAGCUAUAUACUCGACAUCAUGAAUACUGCUACUGUGGAACUUUCAACUGCACUGACAUUGCUUUCGUAUCUUCGCUCGGACAUCACAGUAUCCUAUGCAGAGAUCAUGUUGGUUGUAAACACGACCGGGCAGCUCACUACGUGCCUCAGGUUUACUAGCUCUACACUCUCCACGUUUCGCGACACGGUAAAGGCAUUGGGGCAUCUUGCCAGCUUAGUUGCUGAUGACAAACGGGAAUUUCUUGCACACAGUCGAACAUGCAAUACCCUCGCUGUUGAUAUAUGCCAGUGUGAAUUCCAAUGGGAUAAAGGGUCAUUUGCGCUGGCCCCUAUAUCGCUAACCAUAAAGCCAGGAGAGUUUGUGGUGGUUGUGGGAAGAGUCGGUAGUGGAAAGUCGUCAUUACUGUCAGCUUUAUGUGGCGAUAUGCCAAUGAUCAGCGGUCAAGGGCAUAUAUACGGUCGAGUCGGGUAUGUCAGUCAGAAGCCAUGGAUCAUGAACGCGACGUUCCGUGAAAAUGUGUUGUUUGGCCAAGAGUUUGACGAAAAAUUUUACUGGCGCGUUGUUGAGGCAUGUGCGCUGGCUGAUGAUGUUAAACAGUUUCGGGCUCGGGAUCAGACAGAGAUCGGUUCGCGCGGCAUCAAUCUGUCGGGUGGACAGAAGGUGCGAUUGGCACUUGCCCGCGCUAUAUACUCCCGCGCAGACAUAUAUCUAUUCGACGAUAUAUUGGCUGCAGUCGACAGCUGUGUUGAGCGGCAGAUAGUCGAAAGGGUUCUGACUGGGAACGGAAUCAUUAGUGACAAGGCGCGGGUUUUGGUGACACAUGCCGAAUAUCUUUUGCCAUUGGCCAAUAUGGUUGUUAUGCUCGAAAAUGGCAGUGCAUCGAUUAGGAGCCAGGUUCCAGCGACCCUGACCACAGCUGUAUCAGAAACACCGCCAAUGGAGCCAGACAGCGCUGAGGAUGAUGGUACCAAUGGCGACUCCGGGAUCUUCACAAUCAGUCCUGAACUUGAUGUGCCACAGUUUCAGCUAUCGUAUCUGUGGAGAUAUCUUUCAAUGAGUGGAGCUGCUGUAACCGCCAUUCCACUUGUGAUUCUCGUGGUUACAUCAAUCGCUACGCACCGUGUCAACAGCUACCGCCUGGAUAUUCUAUCCGAGUCGGACCAAACCACCAUGGUUGCGUCUCUCCGAUGGUAUCUAGCUAUCCAUGCUGCUCUAUCUAUCGGGAUACAUUGCAGUUACUUAAUUCUGAAGUGGAAAGUGCGACAAAUCACAAGGGAAGCAGUCCGUGAUACCCUUCUGCUGCCGUUGGGAGUGCUUAGCAGGCUAUUUGAUUCAGGCCGCAGCCAGAUGAGCAUUCUACUUCCUGAGUUGCUAAGCAGCAAGCUCUCCACGCUUCUUGACGCACUGUUCAGCAUUGCCAUUAUCGGUCAACGCAUGCCAUUUCUCUAUGUCUUUCUCCUGCCAAUGGCCGUCUUGGGUGAUUUAGCCAGGGAAAAGCUCGAAAAGCUUGGCAGCUCCUUGAACACAAUUGGGUCUCAUUCGAUUAUACUCGAAAUCAUCCAAGGUCGGCAAACAAUGCGCAUAUAUGGAGCGAUCGAUUUGGCAAAUGCCUAUGCGCUAAAUAACGUCAUGAACUCUGUGAUGUAUUGCUGGAGCGCCAUUUACCAAUUUUUCCUCACUAUACUCCUCAUGAGCCUUGACUCCAGCUCUGCUAUGCUGACUAUGUCGGUUUGGAUAUAUACACUAGUCAAUCCAAUAAUCCGUUCCUUGAAGAAGCUUCCUCGUGAGGCACACAGAGUUGUUAAGGGCUCCCGUCCCCCACAAGGUUGGCCAUCGAUCGGCACUUACCUUGACAAAUUGGAUACGCCCUGUGAGAAAGUCGGCAUUAUUGGGCGUACUGGGGCUGGCAAGUCAUCGCUGACCGGCUCUAUCUUUAUCGACGGCAUAGAUAUCUCGACGAUUGGUCUCCAGGAUCUUCAUCCAGCCUUGUUCGAGUUCACCGACGACGAAGGCCAAAUUGAGGAUGCCAUCCUUAGACCAACCUAUGCUCACGUCAAAGAUGAUCGGCGCAGUGGUCCGUGGGUAUCGGAGAAUGGAGGCAAGAACUUUAGCGUCGGUCAGCGUCAGCUUAUCCUGGUUCUCGAUGAGGCGACUGCGAAUCAGGAUUGCACUGUUCUGACUGUUGCGCACCGACUCAGAACUGUUAUGGAUAUCGCCGAAUUUGACACUCCCACGAGUCUAUUGGAACGGGACUCACUUUUCAAGCUUUUUGUCGAAAGUAUGGAGCUCAACAAUAAAUGCUGAGAAUACUCAUUACAUUAGGAUAUACAUGCUAAAUGCAACAACAAAUCCAAAAUAAACAAAUACAGAUACGGC